CUCAGCUAAAGGCAGUGUGGCUGCUGCUGCUGCUGCUGCUGUGUCUCUCUGUGUCUGUCUGUGUCUGAGGCUUUUUGAGUUUCACUGAACAUAAACGGAGGAUAAAGAAUUAGCGUCUUACUUGCGAAGACAUUACUUUUUACACGAGUUCGCUUCUUUCUGUUGCAUUUCCUCACAAGCAAGCUAAGCUAACCAAGCUAGCUAACAAGCUAAGCUCCUCCACAGGAGAAAGCAGAGAGGAGAGUGUUGUCAUGUUUCCUGAUGGCUUCAACUUCUACAGGUGAAAAAGCAAAGUGGCGUGAAGGUGACAGUUGUCUGGCUCCGAACCCAAGAGAUGGCACUUUGCAAGAAGCAACAAUCCAGAGACUGGAAUCCAACUUUCACAGCAAUGAUUCCACAGCAUGGGUGAUAUUUACUGACCAAAAUAAAGAUGCAGAGAAGGAGGAAGAGGAGGAUGAGGAAAUAGCUAUACCAGUCUCUAAACUCUCAAGACCAGACUUAAAUAACUUCAACCAGGAGAAACCAGUGUUUCCCAGCAUCAUCACAGACACCAGGCUAUGUGUUUCAUUAGAGCUGAGUGAAGCUGAUGGACACAGAGUCCCUUACACCAUCAACAGAUACCUGAGGGAUUAUCAGAGGGAAGGUAUACGGUUCAUUUACAAUAGCUACAUCUGCUCCCGUGGAUGUAUCCUGGGUGACGACAUGGGCCUUGGAAAAACUGUACAGGUCAUUGGUUUUCUUGCUGCUGUGCUGCACAAAACAGGCACAUGGGAAGACAUGAAGAGGAACAGGCCACAGUUUCUUCAGAGUCAGAUCCCCUCAACACAUAGUAAACCCAACAAAGUGUUCCUCAUUGUGGCUCCUCUGUCAGUGCUUUAUAACUGGAAAGAUGAACUGGAUGCGUGGGGUUAUUUCCAGGCUGUGGUUGUCCAUGGCCUGAGGAAAGAGGAGGAACUGGCUCGCAUUAAGAAGGGACGCAUUGAAAUUGCUCUCACCACUUAUGAGACUCUGCGACUUUGUCUGGAUCAGUUUAAUAAUAUCGACUGGUCUGCUGUGGUUGUAGAUGAGGCACACAAGAUAAAGAAUCCAAACUCUCAAAUCACUCAGGCUAUGAAGGAGCUGAUAUGUAAGAUCAGAAUUGGUCUCACUGGCACCAUCUUACAGAACAACCUUGAGGAGCUGUGGUGUGUCAUGGACUGGGCCAGACCUGGUUGUCUUGGCAGCUUGGGACAUUUCAAGAACAAGUUUUCAGACCCAGUUGAGCAUGGGCAGCGGCACAGCGCAACAAAACGUGCCCUAGCGACAGGGAGGAAAGCUGUCAGAGCCCUGGUGAGGAAGAUAUCUCAUUGCUUCCUCAGAAGGACUAAAUCUCUUAUCAGAGAUCAGCUACCUAAGAAGAAUGACAGGGUGGUGUAUUGCUCUCUGACAGACUUUCAGCAAACUGUGUAUCAGACAGUGCUGGAUACUGAAGAUGUUACGUUACUGCUGAGGUCUUCAGAGAAAUGUGACUGUGGAAGUAGGCGCACCCGUAGAAGAUGCUGCUAUGCAACAAACUCUGAUGGCGUUCAAAUGAGGGAUCUUUAUUUUAGUUACUUGGCCAUACUGAGGAAGAUUGCCAACCAUGUGGCACUGCUUCAGUCCACUGCAGGGACCAGUAAGAAACAGGAAAAGUAUUUGACUGCAAUUUGUCAGAAGGUUUUCCAAAAGUUUCCAGACUUUGUGCAAAGAUGUAAGGAUGAAGCGUUUGAGGCAUUGUCGGACCCAAUGUACAGUGGAAAAAUGAAGGUUUUGCAGAGGCUGCUUAAAUAUUAUCUGCAGAAGAGAGAUAAAGUACUGCUGUUUUCUCUGUCAACCAAGCUAUUAGAUGUACUGGAGAGCUACUGCAUGGCAGAGGGACUGGACUACAGCAGAUUGGACGGCACCACCAAGUCCAAAGAGAGACUACAGAUUGUCAAAGAAUUCAACAGCUCCUCUCACAUCAACCUCUGCCUGGUUUCCACCAUGGCCGGUGGUCUUGGCCUUAACUUUGUAGGAGCCAAUGUUGUAGUGCUAUUUGACCCCACCUGGAACCCAGCAAAUGACCUUCAGGCUAUUGACAGGGCAUAUCGUAUUGGCCAGUGCAGAGAUGUGACUGUUCUCAGACUUAUCUCACUAGGAACAGUGGAGGAAGUUAUCUACCUGAGACAAGUUUACAAACAGCAAUUGCAGUCCUCUGUUGUUGAGAAAGCAAGCUCCCGGCGUUAUUUUGAGGCCGUGCAGGGACAUGGUGUCCAUAAAGGGGAGCUGUUUGGGAUAAACAACCUCUUCAGGCUGCAGAUUCAAGGAACAUGUCUCACACGCAAGAUACUACAGCGAGAAGGACAAAUGGAGGCUGGAGUAAUGACAACCAGCACACACACAGGCGAAGAGAAGGCGGAGGCCAGGAAAGGAGUUAGCGAACCUGGAGAUUCUGCACUGAAUUGUGAAGCUAUCAAGGAGAACAGAGAUGCAUCAAAGGUCUCUAGAGGGUUGCUGGAUUUUAGUAGUGGGAGUGAGGAGGAUGGUGAUGGACAGCUAUUUCAGAGGAAGGUCUCAAGCUCAAGCGCAGAGGAUGGGAACAGGGGUGGGAAUGCUGCCAUCGGUGCUGGCCAAAUGAAUCUCCUCCAGCAUGGUUUCUCCAGAUUCUUGGAAAGGGUGAAAGGAACACCAGAGGUCAAAGGUGACAGUAGUUCUGAUGAAGAAAUCCUCUCUGACACAGGUGCUGGGAUUCCUGAGAAACUGGAAACAAAUGACUGCAUGUACAAGAGCUCCAAAACAGAGAAUGGUUCAGACUGUCUCCCCAAAGUGGGGACAAAACCCUUGAACGUCUCCAGGGAUGCAGACAGAGACGAUGAAGACAAUGGAGCCAGGACGCGACAAGAGAAUGAUGAAGCUGUAAAAAAGCGACAGGGUCUGAAAGGGUGGAAAGAUAAGAAAAAAGCAAUAGAUUGGGAGAGUGAUGAAAACUCUUCCAACAAGCCCAAAACCACAGGGCACUGCUUUGAGGGUUACUCUGAAGAAUCUGAAGAUUUUGACCUGGAGAAAAUAGCAUGCUCCAAGAAAGGAGCCUUAAAUUCACAGAGAAAAGGUCAAGAUAGAGGGAGAGACACUUUUGAGUUCAACGAAGUUAAACGAAAAAGACAAACGACUAGUGCAAGGAACCAGGCCAGAUCCAAGUACACCGAGUCCACAGAGACAUACACAUCUUCAGAGGAUGAACACACUCCUAAAAAGAAAGGGAGUUUCACGGGAGGUCACUUCACAUCUCCACGCACAGAACAAUCGAGAGUAGAUGGAAAGAUAUCUGCAAGCAUGAAAAGUCCGACAUCUCAAGGGAAAGAUGGAACAAUUGAUAGUGUCCUAGGAGGCGUGCAGGAGGUGGCGUAUACCCACUCCAACCAGCGUGUGGUGGGUGGGAGCAAAGCAGAGGAGCUGAUAAGCAGAGCUGCAGUGCGAGACGUGUUUGAACGCAAGAUGUACUCUCAGCUCCCAGCCAAUCAACUUCUAGGAACCCAAGAGAGCCUGUCAUCAAGCCCGCCAGACAGUCCACCAUACUCUGCCAAUGUCAGGGUGGAGAGGCCCAGUGUGGACCAUCCAGUCACCUUCACCGGCAAGAGUGUGCACCACACUAGACACACCACUGUCAUCAUUGGAGAGACUCCUCAGGCCGUAUGCAGGCAGCACCUGGAGGAAAUGGCAAAUAAAUUCAACUUUCCCUCCGUUCGUCAGUUUGCAGUGGACGUUCUGAGAAGAGAUUCGAGCCAGAGACUGGGUUGGCUGCGACAGUAUUACACUUCACUGAACCAGCCUGACCUCGCUAAUAUAGUCGCAAAGAAUUUCCCGCAGUCUGAUUCAGCACCAACCUCCUCCACUUCCACAGCAGCUACCUCCUCAACAGCCACCAGAACUGCUAUAUCCUGCACAGAAACCAGAACCAGAACCCCACAAAAGGAAUUUUCAAAUACUCCCCAGAAGCGUAAAUACACUAAGAAGAGUCGGGAGCCCAAGACUGAUCCUGAAAUCCCACAAAACAAUGUUUCUGCACCACAAAAAAAGUCCAGACUUUGCCAAAAUGAUAUUCCAGAUCCACAGAGAAAUCCCAAAAACCCACAACGCAAUGUUCUAGAACCCCAGAAAACGCAAAAGGUCUCACAACAGAAUGUUCUAGAACCUCUAGGUAACAUUACAAGCCAUGAGUCAGAGGAGCAGGAGGAAACGGUUUCCAGUGCCAAAGGACACAGGAGGACAAAAAGGGGUAGUGUUUCUUGUUCUGGAGCUCACAGAGCCGGUGGUGGUCUUGGCGUGGAUCAUGCCGGCAGCAGUGGUCUGGGCUCUGGGAAGCCUGCUGCUGUCCUGAACCGCACAGACAGAGAUACCCCUUCUUCCCCAGACCUCAGCCAUGGCAGGUCCGCCAUGUUAUCCAAACCCACAGCACAGGGAAGGGAGCGAGAGCAGAAAUCAUCAUCAUCAAGGACGAGAGAAACCGUUCAAGGACGGAGAGAAAAUUCCCAGUCUGCUUCCCCUCCUCAACAGGCCCCUUCUGCCUUAAGUAAUCACUCCCUCCUCACAGAUCUGAUAGGAGACACUUCAAUCCUCGACGAUUUAUUUAAACCCAAACCAAGGGGUGCCCAGCAGAGAGGCCCCCCAAAAACACCACCACCUAUGCUCUCAGGGUCAGGAAACGCGUGUCUGACCUCCCCUUCUUCAUCCAGAAUCGCCCUCAGUUCUGAUUCUGCUUCAACACGACCAUCUCCUGGUGCACUCGUGCAGGUUACAAGAGGCAGUCGCAAAGACUUCUGGGACAUCCUCAACGAGGGUAACGAGGAGAGUAUUAACAGGUUAACGGACUUGGCAGAAGUGCAGAGAGUCUGUGUCAACACGAAACUUUCAGCGAGAAGUCGAUCUGGAGAGGAGGAGGAGAGCAAGAGUCUGUGGAAGACUAAUGAAAAGUUCCUAUGGAAGAAAUAAUACAGAGGAGACAUUGUUGUAUUGUGUUUUAAGUUCUCAAAUUAAUUGAAGCAAAUGCUUUUUACAUACACUAUUUUAUUAUUUUAAUGUUACAUAUCCUUUACUUUUUUUAAAAACACGUGUCUUAUUUACUGUACUUGAAAAUAUCAGGUUUGUUAAAUCAGUGAGUUUCCAACAAAAUGACCGCUGAUUUAUCAUAUUUAUCUCGUCACCUCUGCUUUAUUUCUAUGUUUUUCUAUGUUCUAUCUUAAAUGAACGUUAAUUAAAUAUUAUUAUUAAUUCAUUAUCUUAGUAGUUUCAGAUUUAUUGCCUGUGGAUCAAAUACUUUUUUUCAAAUCCAAUGUUCUAUUAAUACAUAGUGGAAGCUGUUUCACUAUUAGUGUAUAUUAAUCUUUAAUUGCUUUUUCUUCUUGUGUUGGAAAUGAUUAGAAGAAAAGGAAGUAAACAGUGAAAGAUGGUGAAGCUGUCCGAGGCAGACUGAUCACACUGAUCUAGAGAAUGGGCAAUAUAUGAGUUAAUUAUGCAUCAAAAUAAUAUGUAUCAUGAUUAAAAGCACUCCGUAAGGAGUUCAUGAUGAA